UAAAUAAACAAGCGUCUAUAAAUAGUUGCCCCACAGUUAUGAAUAUUCAGUACCACAAAAUGUUUGGAUCUCGACAUAUGCAUUAUUCUUUUUGGCUUUCUCUGUUAAGCUUAGCCUCGCUGGUUCAGAGUGGAGUAUCUCCAGGGUGCGGUAAACCUCUGGACCAUGGAGUACAUCCUGGUCACUCUACUGAUAUAUACAUACAGGUGAAUGAUCCUGGACUUGGAGAAGUAACAAGAUAUUUUCGUUUUCAUGUUCCUAAAUCUUAUGAUAUAAAUACUCCUCUGGGUCUUGUUGUUGAUUACCAUGGAUGGACAGGAGAUGCACAUUCACAGGAGAAGGAUUCAUACUUUACAGCUGUAGCGGAUAUGGAUCCUGUUGGUUUCUUUGUUGCUACCCCCAAUGGUAUGGCAGAUAACAAGGGUGGAAUGGGAAGCUUUAAUUGCUCAAAAACUAAUGGACCCCUUGGACCACCUUGUGACACAGACAGAGCAAAAUAUGGAGAAAUUGAGUGUUAUGAUUCCUGUCCUCAUUGUGAUUCUUCAAACUCCUGUGAUUGGACAACAUGCUUUGAUGAUGUAGCAUUCACAAGAGCCAUGAUUGACUUUGUGGCUGACAGCUUCUGUAUUGAGAUGAAUUCUGUUCAUCAAAGUGGAAUAUCUAAUGGAGGCAUGUUUUCAUACUUCAUUGCUUCUCAAAUGAGUGACGUGUUUGCCUCUUUGGCCCCUGUAGCGGGAGCUCCUCUGAUUGGGUUUGGUGAUGUUCCCAGCACUCCGGUCAGUCUCAUUGAUAUCCAUGGUAUCAAUGAUGACACUAUUCCUUAUGAUUUAGCCCAUGCUGAAGGUGAGGGACCGUAUGAAUCUGUGAUAUCCUGGGAUGGUUACUAUUAUGAACAAAAAACAAAAGUUAUUACUAAAUGGAGAGAAGGAUUAAACUGCAGCCCUGAACCAGCCAAUUAUGCCACGCCUAUGGAUGGUGUGAGUGGGUGGGAGUGUAGUGUGUGGUCAGGGUGCGAGGGUGGGGUUGAGGUAGUACACUGUACUGCAGAUCAUUAUCAUGAUUAUCCAUUCGGAGCAGAGAACCAGUAUAUUGAAGGAACUAAGAUUAUGUGGCAUUUCAUGAAUACUCAUCAGAAAAUGUAAACUUUUUUAUUAAAUAAAUAGUUUUAGGUUUAAAUUAAAUAAACAUUCGUAACCAUGGA